GUUAGAAACAACGCACACGAUGACGUCAAUAGCGUCACUUCCGGGGAGACAACCACUAGCGAUAGUGGGCGUGGCGGAAGCGAAGAUGAUAUCCCCUUACCACCAAUAGCGGAAUGCUCUCCGGAAUUAAACAGUAAGUACUCAGUUUUCUAA